CAACAUGGGCUCACCCCCCUCCCCACUGCCCCUCUACCCCUCUGUGGACAUCGACGCACACACGGAGAGUAACCAUGACACAGCGCUGACGCUGGCAUGUGCCGGAGGACACGAGGAGCUGGUGUCUGUUCUCAUCGCACGAGGAGCCAACAUCGAGCACCGCGACAAGAAAGGGUUCACCCCUCUGAUCCUGGCUGCGACAGCGGGCCACGCAGGGGUGGUGGAGGUCCUUCUGGAUAAAGGGGGCGACAUAGAGGCCCAGUCAGAGAGAACCAAAGACACGCCCCUCUCCCUGGCCUGCUCAGGGGGACGACAAGAGGUACACACCACAGAGGUCUGAUUGCACACCACAGAGGUCUGAUUGCACACCACAGAGGUCUGAUUGCACACCACAGGGGUCUGAUUGCACACCACAGGGGUCUGGUUGCACACCACAGGGGUCUGAUUGCACACCACAGGGGUCUGGUUGCACACCACAGGGGUCUGGUU